AUGUUCGACAAAAUUGGUAAGAAGGAUGCCAAAAGUACUCAAGUUAACGGCAAUUUAAAAUCAGCGUUAAAAAAAAAUCUUCCGUGCCCUUGGGCCUGCGAACUGGUUCCAACUAAUGUGCCUAACGCUACAAAGGCUCAGACGGUUUUGCAUCCUCGAAAAGAUGUUUUUGUUCUAAAGGUAGCGAAGAUUGGACCGAAUGGUGACAGAAGGUGUAAAAUGGAGUUGGAGCUUGUAACACCCAAGGGCCCUGAGAAGCAGGCGCUGACUCGUCUCGAUACUAGGGAGACGCAAUGUGACCCUAAUCCACCGCCUUGCUGCUGCAUGAAACCAAAGAAGAAGAAAAAGUAA